GUUUUCGACAAAAAGAAAGGGAAAAAGGAAAGAAAUGGAGAAACUUUAUUGGAAUAGAGUAGAGAACUCCAUUUUCAAAUCUAAAACCAGUGAGGAGAGAGAAGGUAGACAAAGGAAUUCAUUUUAAUUAUGUCACGUAUACGGUUUAGGGAAGGGGGACUACGGUAGGUAGUGAAUGGGGCUGACAUAUUUCAAAUUCCUACGCGACAACCGCGACAUGGUCCGCGACUAACGCAACAUUUCCGUUACCGAGACUCCGCGACCGUGACCGAUACCGCAUUUUUAUCUAUGACCGACACUGUAAAUUGUCCUCUUAUGCGUCAAGGUUUUGUGCUUCCUUUCUCAUUGCAACGACAAUUUUUUAAGCGUAGGCAGACAAUUGUCGGAAAUACUAAGGAUGUCUAGUAAUGACGUCAUUAACCGCUGCAUUAUCUAAAAUCUAAAACCAAGUGAAUGACACAUUUACGUCUGAGAUUUAUAUCUAGGAAAACCCUGAUGGUCAGUUUAGAAACUAUCAUUUCAUUUGAAAGGAUGGAAUUGGCCCAAAUGUGUUGUUUGGAAAUUAAAAGAAUUUGGAUUUGGAUGUGACCCAAAUCCAAACCUAGGGAAAAUAAGUCCAGUUUUUGUCAUUUGAAAUCCAAAAGUGACGCUCUCCCCUUUCUCUCUGCUCCCCUAGCUCUGCAAGCUCUCCAAGCGCCGCCAAGGCCCGCCAUGGAAGAACUUCUAUCAACUCUCUCUCCUGUUCACCUUUGAUCUAUCUCCUCUUCACGAUUCCAUUUACGUCUCCUACCUUAAACUCACUCUCUGUCCUCCUCUAUUGUCGUCACCACUAACAGACUUACAGCCGCCCAUCAUCAACGCGAAAUUAUGAAAUCCGGAAGCUGCACCAUGGAAACAGAUCCAUUGAUGCCGAAAAUAUGAAAACCCGAAGGUGCGGAUUUACGAUUUUAUUAACAGAUACAAAUUCCUUAUUGAAGGGAGUUGUGGUCCUAUGGACACCUUGCCAUUAUAUGUUCAUCAUGGAGAUAUCAAAUUUGGGCAUUUUUUGGUUAAUUGAGUUAAGUUUAUAGUGGAUUUUAAUUUAGGGUUUGAUUUUCAAUAUGUUGGGGCGAAGAAUGCAUUAUGCAUACAUCGACGCAAUUUUGGGUCUUUUAUAAGGGGUGAUUCUUUAGUCCGGGUUUAAUUCCCUUCAAAUUUUAUCAGAUGAUGAAUGAUGAUGCUAUUAAUUAGUUAAUUAGUAUUCAUUAAUCUAAUAAUUUAAUUCCAAUCCUGAAAAUUUAAACACAAUUAAAAUUUCAGUUAACCUCUAAACAUCAUUGUAAAAUUUGAAAUUCCAAAAUUGAAAUUCUCGUGCUUUCCAAACAAUAAUUUUGGAUUUGAAUUCUGGGAUUUCAAAUUCAUAAUUUGAAUUCAACCAUUUGAAAUUAAUUACGGAUAUCCAAACGCAAGUACGCAACCUAAAGUUUCUUUGAGACUUUCCACAUUACUAAAAUGAUGAACUUAAGCUUAGAAAAAAAGAAAUUCUAAAUAUGGCAACGGGAUAAGGAUUCAUGAUCUGUGAUGGAAGCUUUAGAAUAUUUGCAUCCAUAAUAAAACUGCCCAGAACAGUUGGGUAAACAAGUACAAUAGCAAAACAGUACAUUUUACGUAGUACUACGUAUUCAGUACUCUAAAUAAAAAAGAAUAUAAAACAUUGCAGUUCAGUUUAAUUCAAUUUAGUUCCUUCAUUUCAAUUUAGUUCAGUUCAUUUCAAUUUAAUUAGUUCAGUUCAAUUCAUCUUCAUUGUCACUUCAGUCCCAUUCAUUAGUUCAGCUGAAUAAGAUUCGCAAGAACAUAACAUAAUAAGGAUGUUGUAAUAAUUUAUUGAUGGAAAGCUUUUUAAGUACUACUUACGUAGUAAAUUUGAUCAACUUUAUGAAUACAACAAUUAUUUCGGUAGCCACACUAGUUCAGAUGACAAAUCAACGAUCCAGAUAAUCUACAAGAUUUGGUAGUACAACUUUCUGCAGAUGUGGCAUAAUAAGAAAAUCAGUUGAAAACAAUAUGGUUUUCUUUGUACAGAGUAAUAUGUUUUUCCAUCGAGCAGGAGUUAUGCAGCACAAGGAAACGAUGUUUGAAAGGAGAACCAUUACCAAACAUGCUUUAUUGGCCUUCAUCUUUCAUUGCCUAUUACCACUUUACCAGUUAUCUCAUGUUUCCACAGUUUCAAUAUGAACUCAUAGGAACAAAGUGAAGUGCGUUAAAAUGUCUUACCAUGAACAGAGAACAUGUAUACAGGCUCACACCUAUAGAAUUUAGCAAGCACUCUGGAAUAGAUAAGUAAAUCAGUUGAUGAAUGAGGUAUUGAGGUUUCAUGGGAUAAGGCUAAUAACGAGUGUAGUUCAGAUUAGUCACUCUAUUAGAGGUUUGUAACAAUAAGCUGAACAAGCUGUUAUAACCACAAGGAACACAAGUUCCUUGAUAUAUAUUUUAUCCAGCAGAGAAUGAGAGAAACAAACUGCAGUUCAAAGUGAAACAAUUCCAAAGAACUGAAAACAUGUACAAAUUAUGAACGUUUUAAGAUAAGGAAACCACAGAGACCCAUGUUUUGCACGGGAUAGAAAAAAUCAACACUGAGAAUUGAAGUCUACUGGAUUCCUUGCUCGUGUCUAAAGCUUGGGUAUAACACCUCUAGUACACAAUAGAUUACAAUAUAAGGAAAAGCCGAUAUUCAGAUACAUGUUGGACUUAAGUCUAUAAAACACCUGUGUCAAGAUUGUCUUAGGUUAGGUACUUGGGUUUCCUACAUACUGCACCCAGUUUAGUAGUAACAACCUAACCACAAACAACUACAUCCAGAACAACCAAAUAUGAAGCAACCAGUAGCAGGGAUGAAGCUAUGUAGGGGCCCAAGGGGCCUGGGCCCCUGUCAAAAAUCCAAAAUGUAUGUUAUCUAUAUACACAAUAAAAACCCAUAGAAUAUCUUAAGUAUCCCAUUGCUGCAGGCCUGCAGUGGUUGAGAUGGAAAGAUAGGGUCCUUUGAUUUUGCCUCAGACCCGCGGAUUGAUUUCUGGUAGCAGCACAGCAUCUAACACAUACUAUUUAUUUCCUUUUUUAUUUUUAUUUUAUUUCCAUGUAUUAUUUGCUCUUCCCUUAGCAUAAGUUCUUAAAGAAAUUACUAACAAAGGUAAAGUGUUUAUUUAUGAACUUUAUUUUAAAAGACACAGGAAAAUUGUAGUGUGUUUGACACUUUUCAAAAUCGUUUGAUAUAUAUAAUUUCUAGCUUUACACGAAGUAUAUAUUACUGUGAUAUUAUAUUUCAUUUUAAUACGUACUAUAUCCACUUUACAAGCAUAAUUUUCAUUACCUACAACAGCUACAGCCUACAGCCUGUAUGCACAUAGGGAGUAUAUUUUUUAAUACUAAAAUUAUAGAUGAAAUUUAAAAAAUUUAAAAAUCCCCCCCACCUUAGGUCUGCAUCCUGGCUUUAUCCCUGACCAGUAGUUAGAUCUGACUUAUGACAUAGAUCGAAAGAACUACAUAUUCCGCAUAUUUUGUAAAACAAUUUUUUAAAAGGACGAAGGUGAUUUCAGAUCUUUCGAUCACCUAAGAAAAAUAAGUUGAAAAACAGGCUUACCGCUACGUAACAACCGGAAACAAAGGGCAUUAUGAACACAGAGAGCAGUGGGGGAAAUGGCUUAAAUGCGGCCAUCAGGGUGGGCUUAAAUGCGGCCAUCAGCAAAGUAUUUAUCGGAAUGCUAUGACUAUGGAUGGACCAAUAGCAGAAAGCAAAGAAAGCCAAAAUAUCAUCAAUCCAAGCUAACACGAUACUAUUCUUAUCAACAUACAACGAAAAGGGCACAAACUUAACGAAUUCGUUAACAUAUCAAUACAACAACUGACUUAUUUAUUAAUGAACCAAUACAAUAACUGAUUGGUUUAUUAACGUAUCAAUACAACAACUGCACCAAUUCAAUAGAUGUUAAUUUUACCAAAAAAAUUUGCUAAUCAGAAAAACCGCCCACAAAAUUUAUAAUUUUUAAAAGUAGUAUCUGAAAUCAAAAGAGUAAAGCAGUGAAAGUAAAUAAAAGCAGCAUUGUUUACCUACCAAGUGAGUCGAAUUCCAAUUCUGGAGAUGUAAACGCAAAUGCUGUGCUCUGAAUAAAGAGAGAAGCAGGAGAAAAGAACAACGGCGACCGAAUCUACGUAAUUAUCAUCAAAAUUUGGAAAGAAUUAGGAAAACCAAAAUUUGGAAAGAAUCAGGAAAGAAUCAGGAAAAUUCAACCAAAAUUCAGAAAGGAUUAGGAAAAUUCAACCAAAAUUCGGAAACCAGCGGGGGCCAUGGCCCCCCUAUGGCCCAAAAAAUAAAUCUGUCGACUAGGCCCAGUUUGAUUAAAAAAAAAAAACCCAAAUAUAACCCGGUAUAAAUUAUGGGUUAUAGCUGCAGACAACCGAAGAUUACACAAUCUUGGAUAUUUCCUAUUCCUAUUAAAUAUAGGUAAAACAGUAAAUCUAUAAAAGUACAACUGUACAAGCUAGCCUAAGCCUACUGCAUACGCAUAAAAGUACAAGAGUCAGGCUUGGUAAUGGUGCCGCUGUCAUUGUCGCAUACAUCGUUGCCCUCAAUUGCAAAUUUGCAAUUGUGAAUUGUCUCCAUCUUUUGUCAGUAAAUAUCACACUUGAACAAUCAACUACUCAAGGCUAUCAAGAAUUCAAGAUAAAAGGUACUCCGUACUAGUUUUGGGUUUUAUAUAUUUUUUUUUUCGUUUUAUGCUCUUUUAAUCUUUAUAAAAAGCAUUAGUUUUAUUUAACUUUAAUCACCGUAGAGAUUUCGAUAUUGUUUAAGUUUAUUUCAGAUUAUAAAAUCAACUGUUUAAUAAAUUAAUCAAAUAAUUAAUUAUGUUCUUUAAUACUAUUAUUGCUAGGUUUUUGAUAUGAAGAGAAAAACAAUUGAUUCAUAUUUUACUAAAGCAAAACCCCCUUCCGAAUUUGACAUCGGAAACUCAGACCCGAGUGAGACUACUGAACCUAAUAUUAAUGUCAAUCCUCAAACAUCUACGCAAAUUCCUGAUGAAGAACCCACAAAUUCAUCUACAAUGCAAUCUAUGAUUAAUGUGGGAAACAAAACUUUAAUGCGUGAUCCUGCUUUGCGCAAGCCAAUUGAUAGUUACCCUUCAAAAGAGCAAGAAGAUAUUGUAAAUGCAUACAUUCAUUACGGGUCUUAUCGGUUUCCUCUCUCUAAGUAUCCUCCAUCUGGUCCAAUAAAUCAUCCACGCCGAUUCCAACACACAUGGUUUAAGAAAUUUAAUUGGCUAGAGUACUCCCCUACAAGUGAUGCUGCUUAUUGUUUCCCGUGCUUCCUUUAUCUAAAGGACCCAUUGGGAAAAUCAGGUUCAGAUGCUUUUACAGUACAGGGAUUUAAAAACUGGAAGAAGGUUGGGGGUAAAGAAUGUUCUUUUUCAACUCACAUGGAGAAAGAUACUAAUUCAGCUCAUGGAUAUUCAUCUUUAUGUUGGGAAAAUGCGAAGAAAACUGGUACUCAUAUUGACAAGGCAUUAGAAAAGCCAAAUCCACAAUUGAUUGAGAAUAAUCUUUUAAGAAUUAAAACUUCAAUUGAAAUAGUUCGGUGGCUUACAUUUCAAAAUUGUGCAUUUAGAGGACAUGAUGAAAGUUCAAAGUCAAAAAACCAGGGGAACUUUUUAGAGAUGUUAAAACUCUUAGCAUAUUAUAAUAAGGAUGUACAUGAUGUUGUUAUGGGUAAUGCUCCUCAAAAUGCUAAAUAUACAUCUCCUGCUAUUCAAAAAGAGAUUUUACAAGUCUUCGCUGAUAAGGUGCAAAAAACCAUUCGUGAGGAGAUUGGUGAUUCAAAGUUUUGUAUAAUUGUUGAUGAAUCUCGAGACAUAUCUAAAAGAGAACAAAUGGCAAUUGUAAUAAGAUUUGUCGAUAGAAAUGGGUUCUUACUCGAGCGUUUUUUUGAGCUAGUACAUGUUAAAGAUACAACUUCCAAGACUUUGAAGGAAGAAAUUUCUAUAGUAUUAUCAAAUCACGAGUUGAGCAUUCAAAAUCUUAGAGGUCAAGGUUAUGAUGGUGCUAGUAAUAUGCGAGGAGAAUGGAAUGGUUUACAAGCUUUAUUCAUGAGAGAUUGUCCUUAUGCGUAUUAUGUACACUGUCUAGCACAUCAAUUACAAUUGGCUCUUAUUGCUGCAGCAAGAGAAGUAGGUGAGGUCCAUGAUUUUUUCAAAGAUUUGAUUUUUAUUGUUAACACUGUAAGCUCUUCUACUAAGCGUCAUGAUGAAUUGUAAGCUAGCCAAAUAGCAGAAUUGGAGCAUUUAAUUGAGAUCGAGGAGGUUGAAACAGGGAAAGGAUUGAAUCAAAUUGGUACUCUCCAAUGUCCUGGGGAUACUAGGUGGAGCUCUCAUUUCAAGUCAAUUUGUAGUUUGUUAAGAAUGUUCAACGCAACUCGCUCAGUCCUUGAGAAAAUAGCCAUUGAUAGCCAACAAUCAUAUGCUCAACGCGGAGAUGCUAAAUCUGCUCUUAAAAAGUUGUUGUCAUUUGAUUUUGUGUUUAUUUUACAUUUGAUGGAAGAUAUUAUGGGGUUUACUGAUGGACUUUGUCGGGCUUUGCAACAUAAAUCACAAGACAUUUUAAACGCUAUGCAUUUAGUUGUUGGUACAAAGUCCUUGAUUCAAAAGCUUAGAGAUGAUGGUUGGGAAUUGCUAUUACAAAAAGUUCAUUCUUUUUGCAACAAGCAUGGUACUGAAAUC